AUGGCAUAUGUUAAAGUUGUUAAAAAUAAAGCUUACUUUAAAAGAUAUCAAGUGAAAUAUAGAAGAAGAAGAGAGGGAAAAACUGAUUAUAGGGCUAGAAAAGCUUUAAUAUUGCAAGACAAGAAUAAAUAUAAUGCACAAAAGUUGCGUUUUGUUGUUCGUAAAACAAACAGUCAAAUUAUUUGUCAGAUAGCUAGUGCUCAUAUUGAAGGAGAUAAAAUUUUAGCUGAAGCAAAAUCAAAAGAAUUAACGAAAUAUGGAAUACCUGUUGGAUUAAAAAAUUAUGCUGCCGCUUAUGCAACUGGAUUGUUAUGUGCUAGACGAUUUUUAAAAUCAUUAAAUUUAGAUAGCCAAUUUGUUGGUGUUGAAAGAGUUACAGAACAAAUAGAAGAUAAAGAAGAAAAAGAAGAUGAAGAUUCAAGAAAACCAAUCAAAGCAUUUUUGGAUGUUGGUAUAACAAUGACUACCACUGGUAAUCGUGUUUUUGCAGCAUUAAAGGGAGCAUGUGAUGGAGGAUUGCAUAUUCCUCACGGAAACAACAGAUUUCCUGGUUCUAAGAAUGAAUUUAAUCCUGAACAGUUAAGAAAAAAUAUUUUAGGUAUACAUGUAGCUGAAUAUAUGAAAACUUUAAAAGAAGAAGAUAAUGAAAAAUAUAAAGCACAUUUUAAUGAGUAUAUAAAAAAUAACAUUGAUCCAGAUAAUAUUGAACAAAUGUAUCUAAGUGCACAUGAAAAAAUUAGACAAAAUCCAGAAAGAAAGGAAAAAAAUAAAGAUAAAACAAAAAAAUUUCUUUCGAAGCAUGAAAAACCUAAAAAGUUAAAUGCUAAAAUUAGAAAGAAAAGAGUUAAGGAAAAGUUGGCAAAGUAUGUUGAAAAAUUACAAUAA